AUGGCCACCCAUGUCGUCCCAAGCGUCGGCGCGCGAUUUAAGCUUCACGACAGCAUAGGCACCAUCAGAUAUGCUGGGCCGGUCGAUGAUACUACCGGAAUAUGGCUUGGAGUGGAAUGGGACGAUCCGAAGCGCGGUAAACACGAUGGCGUGAAGGACGGCAAACGAUACUUUAGCUGUCGAAUACCGAACUCGGGCUCUUUCAUCCGGCAGAGUGCAAAUAUCAACUACGGAAACUCAUUUCUUUCUGCCCUCUACGCGAAAUAUGUCGAGUUGCCGCGCGCCGCAUCUUCCCAGCUGGAGAAAGUCCUUCUGGGCUCUUCCAACGGAGCCAUCGAAGUUGAGGCAGUGGAUCUCGAUAAGAUCCGGGAGAAAUUCUCGCAUCUCGACCGACUGAGGGAGAUCAGCUUGGACAAUGAGCUUGUGGCACGCUUGGAUGAAGAUCCUGAGACAAUCCGCACAACCUGCCCCAGUGUCCGCGGUCUCGAUCUCUCUCAAAGCCUCAUCCCAGAAUGGAAUGUAAUCGCGUCGAUCUGUACUGGAAUGCCAAGUCUCCAAAGACUAGCACUCAAUCGUAACCGCCUUUCCAUCUGGACUGAUAUCCUAUCAGCGGACUGCGCGUUCCUCAAUCUGAUCGAAUUGCGGCUUAACGGAACUCUCACUACAUGGCAAGAGAUGCAGCAACUUGUUCGAUGCAUGCCUGUCCUGAAGGCAGUUGAACUAGGUUACAAUCUCAUCUCAGAUGUGUCCAAUGCCGAGGGGCAUCCUGCUCUGGAGACUGUCAAUCUGGACAGCAAUCAGCUCAAGCAGUGGACUCAGAUCUGUGACACCCUCUCAGCCUAUCCAUCGCUAGACCGUCUCGUAUUGACCACGAAUAGAAUUGAGGAGAUUCCACUUCCAGCACAAAGACGCCUGGCAAUCAGACACCUAUCUCUAUCCUACAAUCUUCUCAGCUCUUGGCGCAACAUUGACGCCCUCCCCCUUUGGUGCCCAGCACUCGAGAGUCUGACGUUAGCGGGCAACCCGCUGUUCAAUGAACCUGGACCAGCUCAGUUGGGAGUCCGUCACUUCGUCAUUGCGCGGAUUUCGUCUCUCGUGACUCUCGAUGCCGCCCACAUCUCCCCACAAGAACGCACAGACUGCGAGCUCAUGUAUCUAUCGCACAUUGCUCGGAGCACAUCCGACGCUGACAGGACCAGAUUGCAUCCGCGGUGGGACGAGCUUUGCCAGAAACACGGCCGACCGGAGGAACCCGACGUCGGACAGAAACAAGACAAGCUGAGCAAGCGUCUCGUGGACCCAGAGCUCGAACUGUUCAAGGGGUCACCAGACGAUCCCCCUGACGCAUCCGCAACAGUCAAACUUCGGGCGUUGCCGUCCAUGAGCCUCGGCGCCCUCAGAUCCAAGAUUCUCAAAACACUCAAGCACAGUCCAAAUCACACAAGAAUUACUCUUUGGCUGCGGAUGGACCACAAUUCAUUCACGCUACUCGAAAGCGAUCGCGAUUCACAGGAUUUGGCUUGGUUGGGGAUAGAGAACGGCUCUGUUCUGAGAUUUGUGAUCGAAUCAUAG